GCGCCGCGCACUUUUGCACUCAGCUCCUUGGAUUGGACGAGAUGGCGAGCGUUUUGCGGGCUCCGUUGCGAUCGGCUGGACUGAUUCACACCCUCAUUGGGCGCAUCUCUUGUUCCAGAUGGUACUGCUCCGCCGUGACAGGAGCUUCACAUCUGAAGCACGUAGAGUGUGUGAUGAAGGACAAUGUGGCGGUUGUCAGACUCAACUCUCCUGACAACAAGGUAGAUAUUGACGAGUGAAGGGAGCCUACAUAUACACGUACUUAUAAAAACGUGUAAAUGUCCGGAC